AUGUAAUGUUUGUAUCUGCAGCUCCACUUAUCAACCAUAAUCUAUUUGCCUCAAACUCUCUCUCUCUCUCUCUACAUAUACAGCAUUUCCUUGAAGUUUCCCUUUCUUACUUAACAACAAAUCCUUUUCUCUCUCUCUCUCUUUCAUCUGGUUCCACUUUCUGAGGAGAAGUUUGCUUUGCCAGCCCACAUAAAUUUUGAUAAAGUUUUCUUAAAUUAUGCAGCUCAAGUCCCAAAAAGAUAUGUUCUUUCCGAUAUUAAACGCAUUCUAAUCUCGUUUGAUUUCUCUUCUUUCCAGAAAAGAAUAUACCACUGUUUGUGUCGCUCUGCAUUGGUAGUGUCUUUCUUGGGAUCUUGAUAGUUACUGGAAGAAAUUUUGAGUCUUCAGUGGUUUAGAAGGAAAUGAAGGAUGUUUUCUUGGUUGGGAAAAACAGCAUCUUCAUGUUUGAGUCCUACGGGUCGAUAUGCCCCUAUGAGCAAGGAUGAUGAGCAGGGCUCGGGAUGGGAGGACGACGCCCUCCUCUGGUCCAAAGACCUCGAGAAGCACUCACACGGUGAGUUCUCGUUCGCUGUUGUCCAGGCAAAUGCUGUCCUUGAGGAUCAGAGCCAAGUCGAGACUGGGAGGCACGCCACUUUUGUCGGUGUCUAUGAUGGCCACGGUGGCCCCGAGGCCUCAAGAUACAUAUCCGACCACCUCUUCAAUCACUUGAUUAGACUUGCUCAAGAAAACAGAGAAAUGUCAGAAGAUAUACUUAAAAGUGCGUUUUCUGAAACAGAAAACGGGUUCCUCACGCUCGUUAGAAGAGCUUAUGCAAUCAGACCAGUACUUGCAGCAAUCGGUUCUUGUUGUCUGGUCGGAGUUAUCUGGAAGAGAAUGCUAUACGUUGCUAAUUUGGGGGACUCUAGAGCAGUAAUGGGAUGUUUGGACCGGUCUAAUAGAAUUGUAGCCGAGCAGCUCACUCGAGACCAUAAUGCUAGCAUGGAAGAGAUCAGGAAAGAGUUGACGAAUCUGCACCCGGAAGAUUCACAGAUUGUUGUGAUGAAGCAAGGCGUUUGGCGUAUCAAGGGAAUCAUACAGGUAUCAAGAUCCAUCGGUGAUGCCUACCUCAAGAGGCCAGAAUUCGCCCUCGAUCCAUCCUUCCCACGAUUCCACCUCCCCGAACCUAUCCAGAGACCGGUUCUAAGAGCGGAUCCAAGCAUAGUGACGCGGCGGAUAUCAGGAAAUGAUAAGUUCCUCAUCUUCGCCUCCGACGGCCUCUGGGAAUUCUUGACCAAUCAGGAGGCUGUGGAGAUCGUCCACAAUAAUCAGAGAGCAGGAAUAGCAAGGAGACUUCUUGUGACAGCUCUGGAGAGGGCAGGUAGAAUAAGGCAGAUGCCGUACCACGAAAUCAAGAAACUCGAUCAAGGGGUCAGGAGACAUGUCCACGACGAUAUCUCCAUUGUUGUUGUCUUCAUCGACCAUGAUAUGCUUGAUGGUGAUGAGGCCGCUGCGCCUCAACUAUCAGUACGAGGCUUUGUCGAUGCUGUCGGGCCAUCAAACUUCAACUUUUCCUAGGUUGAUGUCUGUGGAACUUGAGGAGCUAUUUCUACCUACUUUUUUCUGGCCCCAGUUUUGGCCGGAAAUCGCCUCGAGCCGGCGAGGGUUUGCUGCCGGGCAAAACCAUGCAUCUUGCCAUAACAGACUAACUAGGACUUGCUGAUCUUUGUUUUUGUAAGAAGAGAUCUGAUCAAUCUUGAAUAAUACCUAAUGUCGCCUUUAGUUAGUUUAAAUCCAAUAUCCAUUAGUUUUGUAUCAUAAAUUGAUACUAGUAUUUAAACUCAUAGGGACAUAUCCAAAAGUCAAGGUUAAUUGAUUGUAAAGACAUCCAAGUAACAGCAAAUUCCGAUUUUCUUCUAAA